AUGUCUAACAAUACCAAGCUACUCUUUCUUCCAAGUACCCUAGAAAACUGGCCUUGGAAACGGGCAAUAAAUCCUUAUUAUGAAGAGGUCAAAGCAGAGGCUGAUGCUUGGGUCCGCGCCUUCAAAGCAUUUUCGCCUCGAUCACAGUAUGCUUUUGAGAAGUGUAACUUUUCUGCACUAGCGUACCCAUGGGUCUCUCGGGAACACCUUCGCACAGGCUGCGACUUGUUGAUUCUGCUUUUUGCCAUCGACGAAUACACCGACGUAGAUUCUGAGGCAGCAGUCCGAGACAUGGCCGAUAUUGUAAUUGAUGCCCUUAGAAACCCUGAGAAGUCCCGUCCUGAAGGAGAAAUCCCUCUUGGGGAAGUUACUAGACAGUUCUGGGAGCGGGCUAUCAAGACAGCCUCUCCAAGCUCUCAACGCCAUAUGAUCGAAGGGUUUACAUAUUAUAUUGAAGAGGUUGUUCAACAGGCAGCACAUAGGGACAAUUGCACACAGCUCACAAUUGCAUCGUACCUGGAGAACCGACGUGGAAAUGUUGGCUCCGUACCUGCAUAUGUUGCAAUGGAACUUGACCUCAAUCUUCCUGACGAAGUAUUCUACCACCCCACCAUCGCCAAUUUGAGUGUAAACGUAUCAGACCUACUCAUUUUCGACAACGACAUCUAUUCAUACAACAAGGAGCAAGCGGUCGGAGACGAUCUUAGCAACAUCAUUACUAUAGUAAUGCACGAGUUCAGCACCGAUUUGGAGGGUGCAAUCAAUAAGGUUGUUCAGCUACACGCACAAACUGUGAAAGAAUUCCUCGACGGUCUUAAGAAGGUUCCGUCGUGGGGUCCGGAAAUUGAUUGCCAAGUCCAGCAGUAUCUCUAUGGACUAGCAAAUUGGGUACGAGCGAACGACUGCUGGACUUUCGAGUGUGGACGGUACUUUGGCAACAAGGGUCUCGAAAUCCAGAAUAAACGCGUUGUGCAGCUUCUCCCAAAGGUUGCCCCUCCCCGUCAGGACACGUCAUUGAGGCGCGAGAACGUUGCCGUUCCCCUCGUAGAGGCAUUGGAGGUUGGCGCAUGA